AUACAUGUUGCCAGCCCUAGCUUGAAAGAAAAUAAAUAGGAAUCAUCACGCAGUUAAAAAUUUUGGGGUGUUGAAGCCGAGCAAACAAUUUGCAAACCAUUGGGCUUGCGAGUGCAGCGACUUUAUUAUGAAUUUAACGGAACAGAAUCCGUAUGGCAAUGGCCUGCUCUAUGCUGGCUUUAACCAGGACCAAGGAUGUUUUGCUUGUGCCACGGACACCGGGUUUAGGGUGUACAACUGUGACCCGCUUAAAGAGAAGGAACGCCAAUACUUUCCUGAAGGUGGUCUCAGCCAUGUUGAAAUGCUCUUUCGCUGCAAUUAUCUGGCGCUUGUUGGUGGCGGUAUUCGGCCCCUGUAUCCGCCAAACAAGGUAAUUGUCUGGGAUGAUCUCAAGAAAUCACCGGCUAUUACUCUGGAUUUCAAUCAACCUGUGCGCGCUGUACGUCUGAGACGGGAUCGGAUUGUCGUUGUGCUGGAGGGCAUCAUCAAAGUGUAUACAUUUACACAGCAACCACAGCAGCUGCAUGUGUUUGAAACAAGCUCCAAUCCCAAUGGCCUGUGCGUCUUGUGUCCGCACAGCAAUAAAAGUCUACUCGCAUUCCCUGGCCGACGUACCGGUCAUGUACAAAUCGUUGAUCUUGCCAAUACAGAGCGUGCCCCAUUGGAGGUGAUUGCGCAUGAGGCGGCCAUCAGUUGCAUUGCAUUAAACUUGCAGGGCACUCGUUUGGCCACCGCCGGCGAGAAAGGUACACUAAUACGCAUUUUCGAUACAGAGAAUGGCAAAAAGGUAUCAGAGCUGCGGCGCGGCAGUAAUCAUGCAAACAUAUUUUGCAUUAAUUUCAAUCAUCUGUCCACAAUGAUUGUUGUGGCGUCCGAUCAUGGAACCAUACACGUCUUUAAUUUGGAGGACAACAAGGCGCGUGAAUCAUCGCUUCCAAUUAUACCCAAGUAUUUCUCAAGUCAAUGGAGUUUUGUUAAAUUUUCCAUACCGCAGGGACCUCGCUGUAUUUGUGCCUUUGGUGCCGAAUCCAAUUCGGUUGUGGCUAUUUGUGCGGAUGGACACUACUACAAAUUCCUAUUCAAUAACAAGGGCGAAUGCAGUCGGGAUGUUUGCACGCAAUUCCUUGAGCUGCAGGAUGACGAAACAUAAAGUUGAACAAUUACUGUGUGGCACCUAUAUAAGCAUAUUAAUAUACAUACAUGAAAUUCGUGUUACACAAUAUUAUAUUUAAGCAUGCUUUAAACCUACUUUACCAGUCGAAGUUCACAGAAAACUGUAAUUAACAAUUGUAAAUGUUACAAAAUUAAUUCGAUUCGCCGUUCUUCUAGUUGGGAUCGCUUGUAUUUAGAUCUGCGCUAUUACUAAAAUUUGCGGAACGUUGUUCGAAUUGCAUUUUCUAUCAUAUAGACUUGAGAAUUGCAAUACUGAAUACAGUUAGAGUAAAAGAGUUGGUAUUUUCGUAUUUGUUAUUCAAUAUUUUAUUAAAAACUCACAAGACGUGUUGAUGAUCACGUAACACUCCCACUAGAAUUUCUAAGUAAGUGGAACAUGGAUCGAAUUGCAUAUUAAGCUAAAAACGUUUGAGAACUGCAAUACUUGAUGCAUUUUUUUGUAAUAGGCAUACUUACCGGUCUCCAAUCGAGAAUCCAACUCUACAGGACUAAAGUGCCCUUUUACAAGAUGUCUGGGUCAUUGAAGACACCAUAUAAAUCGGAAAACGAUUGCUAAAAAGGAUUCCGCCCGAAAGUUAUACGUCACAUUACCUGUAGUAACAUGCUUAUGCCAACACGAAAAAGCACAAGAAUAUCAUAUUGGACCAUCGUAAUAAUCUGGAAAUUCGUGUGCAAUUGAAAAUCGAUCUUUUGCCAUCAGCCCCCUGUCCGUGGGACAAAGAACUGUAGUGGCAAGGAUCUGUGCAAGAAUAUCAAGUCUUAAAUAUGGCACAGAAGAGUAUGUAAUUUCCAAUGCGAAUGACUCUACCUGUUAACUGGAGUGUUAUACAAUUUUUGGGGGAAAUGGAAGAUAACCGAAUAGUGAAAUACGCUUGAUCUGUAUAUAUCUACAUAAUCUACUUAUUUUGUAUCUCUAGCAUUCUUAUAUCGAUUUAAUGAAGAUAGGAGGAUUUAUCGACUAUCUUAUAGUCCCUGAGAUCGAUGAGUUGAUAUAUACGAAAGGAUGGAUAUACACCCUUUACCGCCAGACUAUUUCUUUAAGGUAGUGUGACAUAUAUCUUUCGGGCAGAGUCCUUUUUGGCAAUCGUCUUCUGGUUUAUAUGGUUUAUGCAAUGACAGGCACAUCUUUUAAAAAGGCACUUUAGUCCUGUAGAGUGGGAUUCUCCAUUGAUGAUUGGCACAUAUGCUUAUUAAAAAAUAAAGGAUCUGCGUGAAUACCAGAACUAACACAA